AUGAAGCCCGGGGAAAAUGGUGGACCGAGCACUUUGGGUCGUGAAGCAAAACCAGAAAAUUCGGGUGGUGAAGUGAGGCACAGCGGCUAUGGAACCACUGAAUUGUCCUCUCUUUCUUCACAGCCUCCAGCUCAUAUCAAUCUGGAUCCCAUGAAAAGGGAACAGUCCGAUCAACCACUGAAGUAUUCGGAGCACAAUGGGCUGAGCUCUUUGGAUUGUGAAAUAAAACCACAGACCCUAAGAGAUGUGUUGGAACACGGAAAUUAUGAGGUUGUACGAGGUGAUAUCGUUGGACACUUCGACGAGCUGACACCUGUUCCUGCACACUCAUCAGCUAAUCCAGAUUCCAUCAAAACUGAGCAUUCGGAUGAGUCACUGGAGAACUCAGUGAGCAGCUACCAUGGUGAUCAGCGCCCACAACAGGGAUCAAAUUCUGUCGAUUGUUCCUCUUAG